ACAUAUGAAAUUGAAUAUUCAACCUCAAAUGAGAGCAACUGACAAUUGCAAAAGAUUACAAAGUAAACUUACAAUCUUGUUUUAAGGGCAAACAUGGACUCAACUAAAAUUAUAUGGAUAUUUAUCCUCAGCUUCUUUAACGUUAUAAGAGACAAUGCUGUGUCAGCAGCUUCCUACUGUCGCUAUUCGUCGUACUACACGUACUACUACUGCUACUACUAUUACUACAGUGACACCGGUACCAUUGGUGGGGCAGUAGCAGGGGCCAUAGUUUUCGCAAUCGUGGUUGUCGUAGUGAUCAUAAUCAUCUACAAGAAAAAGCAUCGGAGCACCGUUGUUCACAAUGUGGCCAGUCCCAAUACAGUAACCACAGUCCAUGUUGAACACGGACAUGGGCCGCCACAGCCCGGCUACGGACAACCACAACCAGGCUACGGACAACCACAACCAGGAUACAAUCCUUACGGACAACAACCACACUACGGUGGAAACCCUGCCUAUCCACCACAAUAUUAACAUUACGAAGUCAAAGGAGUUAAUUUAAGUCUUCUGCCGGAUUUAUUCUGCUUUAUGUAAAGUCUAUUAUUACUUUUGAUUGUUGUACUGCUUCAGAUAAACUUUUCUGGAUUUUCAUGCUAUUUGCCAAUAAUUUUCUUUCCGACUUGCAUUGUAUACCGUAUUAACAUUAAGAAGUCAAAGGGCUUUCCCAAGUCGGACUUGUUUAUAUUUGAAACAAAUGAUUCAUAUUUAUUCUUAUUAAAAUAUAUCGUAUA